CACUAGGGAAGCCAGGCUUAAUGUGAUGGAAACACUCUUGAACUUGGUGUCCAGAAGACAAAGGCUUGAGUUACAGCUCUAUUAGUUUUACUGUGACCUUGGAGCCAGAAUUCACAAUGACAACAGUAACUGUAACCACAGAGGUCCCCCCAAGGGGUAAAGUAGAAGAUAAUUCUGCCUUGUAUGAGUCCACAUCAGCUCAGAUUAUUGAAGAGACUGAAUAUGUGAAAAAGAUCCGAACUACUUUGGAAAAGAUCCGAAAUCAAAUUUUUAAAGACGAAGUAGGACGUAACAGCACAAAUCACAGACUAGAAACAAAGCGCUGCCCAAACAUUCACAGCGGCUCUGGUUCUGAAAUGGAUCCCUCGUAUUGCAGUUUGCAUCUGCUCGUGGAAAGGAUGAAAGGAAAAGACCUGAAGCUCUUAGAAAUGAACAAAGAGAAUGAAGUCUUGAAAAUCAAGCUGGAAGCUUCCAGAGAAGCAGGAGCGGCGGCUCUGAGAAACGUGGCACAGAGGUUAUUUGAAGUCUACCAAACACAGUCGGAAGAAGUUAGAAAGAAACAUGAGGAUGAUAAACACUUCCUCAAGGUUAACAAACUUGAAAAGGAACAACAAUUGAAACAACAUGUUGAAAAUCUGAAUCAAGUUGCUGAAAAGCUUGAAGAAAAACAUAAUCAAAUCACAGAGUUGGAGAACCUUGUACAGAGGAUGGAAAAGGAAAAGAGAACACUGCUAGAAAAAAAACUGUCUUUGGAAAACAAGCUGCUACAACUCCAAUCCAACGCUACAUAUGCUAAAAGUUGCCACGAUCUUCAAAUGGAGAUUGCCCUUCUCCAGGAGCAGACCUCUCAUCUGCAGUUUGUGAUUCAUUCCCAACAUCAGAACCUGCGCAGCGUCAUCCAGGAGAUGGAAGGAUUAAAAACUAAUUUGAAAGAACAAGAUAAAAGGAUUGAAAAUCUGAAAGAAAAAGUUAACAUACUUGAAGCCCAGAAUAAAGAACUAAAAACCAAGGUGGCACUUUGGUCUGAAACUCCUAGAACAACAGUAUCCAAGGGUGUCUCUACAAGUGAAUUGAAGACUGAAGGCACUACGCCCUAUCUGAUGUUGAUCAGGCUCCAGAAAUGAGCUGACUAGCUGAAGAUCUCAAUAAGAAAGAUCACUAUGUGGGUCUUAUUUAUUCCUUGAAACACAGACUAAAUGUGCAAGUUAAAAUGGCUCACUGGCGGUAUUCAAUGGGAUUUAUUAUACAUCAACGGCUCUGCAGGAAGAGGACACUCCAGAAAAUCAAACAAAUGUAUAUUCAAGGCAAGGAACUCUUCCUUCAAAACUUACUGAAUGGGUGAAGAGACCUGGGGCAUUUGAUGGAAGAUGAAUUUUGCUUUAAACUUCAAAAAGAAUCUGAAUAUUUUUUGCAGAUUUUUGCUGAAGGGAGUGGUUUAAGGUUGUUGACUAUAACCUUCUGAUAGUGGUUUUAUGUGUAUAAAUGGAAGAGUGUAUGUGCAUGUGUGUGAAUAAAUGAUAUAUUUUAAAGUUAACUUUGAAUAACAAGAAAUAUCCUAAUAUGAAUUUAUAAAUUCAUCUCCUGACCUAUCGUUAGUAGGGGAGUUAUUCUCUAUGGCAUUAUGGGCAGGAGAAGUAGGUUCUUUUUAGCUAAUUCCCCAAUCCACGCAGCCCUCCAUUGCUAAGAAUCAUGGCAUCUUACCGCACCUCAGAAGCCAUUGUUCUUCAGCUGGGAUUGAGAAUUGGUUGCGAAAGAUAACCCACACGUAAGCAUGAAGAAAUGCAGUUUGUGACUCUGACCUGGUGCCUAAUUUUCUUUAUAAGAUUCAUUGUAUUAGCUAAGAAAAUAUUUGGGGGAAAGAAUAGGAACACAAUGCCGUCAGCUCACACCUUCACAAAAAUACGUGCUUUGUGGGUUAAGAGGAACAGUGGCUACUGUCUAUAGCUGGGAAGAUUCUCCAUCCAUCGUAUGUCCAGUGCCUUGGUGAGAGUGUGCUUGCAUUUUGAUACAGGCAUUCAUCACAGGUGAGUUUGUGCUUGCUAUGAGGAAAACCAGACUCUAAUUUGUAGAAGUGAAAACGGGCUAACAGGAUAGAAGGCACUUGAACUAAAUGAAUAAUGGGCAGACUUAGCCCUGCUGAAGGGUGAAUUACUUGUAAGCCUUUUGAUUAUCCUCUCUGGUGUACGACUGCAAACAUUUUCUCAGGAAAGCUGCUUCAAGCCUUUCAAAUGUGGAAUGUGAAAUAUCAGUAUUAUCUAUGAAAUAUUUAAAAAUACAUUCAAAUGAGAUUAAGUGACGCAUUUAUAACUUCAUUGACGUACUGUAAUCCUUGAAAUGUUGCGUAACUGUAUGUGUGCAUUUCGUGAAUCAUGUUUUUAUUGCUUGCUGGUUUUUCAGAUGUAGUUAUUUAAUAGCAUUUAUGACAUGGCUCCGAUGCCAGGAACAAUUCUAAGUACUUUACCUGUAUUAAUUGCUUUAAUCUACCCAAAAGACCUGAAAAGCAAGUCAUACUAUUAUUACCAUCUCACAGGGGUGGAUGCUGUGAGGUCCAGUAAUUUUCCCUGCUGCUACUAUGGAGCGAGGAUUUGGACCUCUUGAUUUGGCUGUCAGUAUUCCUUCUACCUGCUCGCUUGAUGGUCUGAGAUACUCCCACACUAUAGAAAUGCUUUUUCUUUUUGCUACUUUAAUGAAACAGCUUCCUUGUUGGCUAUCUGCACCAUCCUGUGAGUGACAGAAAGAACUUUUACUCAUAAAGUAAAUAUUUUCCUGCAAUAAGUUGGCCUUUCACCUACUUGGACUACCCUCAUAAGAACGUAGUUCAGAACAACUUGCUAAAAAUCUUCUAAUUUUACAUUCAUUAUCAUGACCUUAUACCACAUGGAAGACUUUUGGGCAGUGUAUUUUCAGGCACAUUUGUGGGUGAUUGGGAUCAUGAAUUCUGCUUCAAGCAUUUGCAGUGUAGUGUGUGAAUUCACUUUUCACCUGGUGAUCACUUAGGUUCCUCGUACACCUCAAUCACCAAGCUGGAUGUUAAUAAAUGCGAGAUUUUGGAACGGAUCCAUUGAUCAGACCUAACAACCAGAAUGAUUCCCAUUAGAAUAAUGUAUUCUAAAGACAAAAAUAGGAAGACACUGCUGGAUUUAAUGUAGGUCUCACUCUGCUCAUUUUUGUUUUGUUUUUUUGUUUAUUUAUUUUUUUAAUAUGAAAUUUAUUGUCAAAUUGGUUUCCAUACAACACCCAGUGCUCAUCCCAACAGGUGUCCUCCUUAAUGCCCAUCACCCACUUUCCCCUCCCUCCCACCCCCCAUCAACCCUCAGUUUGUUCUCAGUUUUAAGAGUCUCUUAUGUUUUGGCUCUCUCCCUCUCUAACCUUUUUUUUUCCCUUCCCCUCCCCCAUGGUCUUCUGUUAAGUUUCUCAGGAUCCACAUAAGAGUGAAAACAUAUGGUAUCUGCCUUUCUCUGGAGGACUUAUUUCACUUAGCAUAACAUCUUUGAACAUGGAAAGUACCACUGGACGUGAUACAGAUAGGAGGUGCUCAUGUGCCCUCCAUGUUCACCUUGGAAUGUUCUUUGGAUUUCCUGAGACUAAGAUCAAGCAGUUUCAGCAGCGUAAAAAGAUCUGGACUCUUCAAAUACAAAAAUAUCUUUUUAAUAGCAUCAGCAGUAUCAUUUAUUUGUCAUAUAUAGAUUAUUUCCUAUAUCUUUACUGUCUCAGCUUUUAUCAUUUGGAAUGUUUUUGGAAUAAAUAUUUCUGAGCCAUAAAACAAACAAUUACAAUGGAGAAUAAAAAGUAUUAAUCUGAAAGUAGUAUCACGCGAGAAAUACAGGAAAAGAAAUACCAGUUCAGUUUUAGCCUAAAUAAUUGUGCUUAUAAUUAUACUAAUUAAUACAUUAGAUAAGAAGGCCUGAAGUGGACCUUGAAGUGACUAUAUGAAGGUAGAAAUGAAAAGAAACAGUUUCACUUUGAUUACAUAUAUCAUUACGAAUUACCAUUAGGAAAUGUUCAAGCAACAACAAAGAGAAACGUUUAAAUAAUUGGUGUAAUACAUCUAUCUUUUGAAUAAUUGUUUACAAUAAAGAAAUUGAUAUCAUA